UGCGAGGGAGCACAGCCUUGGAGCAUGGACUGGGUGGGAGAGGGGGGGUGUUUUCCAGCCCUCGCCAACAGGCCGGGCCCCAAGAGCAGACAGGGACCAUCGUCCUGAGGGCAAGAGCCGGGAAAGCCGCUGGGAAACCCCUCCUGCUCCUUCCCCCGGGCGCCGGGGCACCCGCUCCUUCCGAUUAAACCAUCUCGAGGUAAUUGUGCCUGUCACUGAGGCAGAUUAACGGGCGACCUUCUGCCGCUGGAGCAGGAUUGGUGGUGGCCGCCGCGCUCCCCAUCCUUCCCUCCCACCGGCCGCGGCGGCACAGCCCGGCGGAGGAUUCCCGUCCGCAACCGGCAGGAAGAUGCCCGGUGGCAGCCGGGGUGGAGCGGGAGCCGCGAGCCGAGGACAACGUCUGCCUGUCCGGCAGCUGGACAUGAGCAGGGCCGUGCACCCAGCCCGGGGCUGAGCCUCCCGGCACCGCCAUGGUGCUCCCCUGCGCCCGCGACGGCAGCGGCAGCGGCUGGCUGGCACCUGAGGAGCCCCGGGGCCGCAGCAACUCCAUCCCCCCGGCACAGACCCCCACCGCCAAGCACAUGCUGGCCUACCUGCCCCGGCCACCCACCGACACCAGCCGCUACGGCACCUUCCCCCAGAAGCCCGACCUCCCGGCCGCCCCCGGGGCUCUGGCGGAGGACGGCCGGCAGCACGCGAUCCCCGGCGAGCCAUCCCUGCCGGCGAGCCGCGGCGGCCUGGCCGCCCAGCACCGUCCCGGCGCUCUGUCCCGGUGCCCGCCGGCCGCCCCGCGGGAGGCGGGCACCCACUGGUACCCGCUGCAGGCGCUGAGCGUGCCCGGCGUCCCCAGCCCGGCGCGCGGCAAGACCCUCGCCGCCGUCCCCGCUGCGGAGGGGCUGCCGAGCCGGCGCCGCAGGCUGCUGGAGGAGGACGGCCCCACGGCGCAGGCCGGCAAGCGGCAGCGGCAGCGCUACGUGACGAAAGUGGGCAAGUGCCAGGUGAACCUGGGCAACAUCCAGGAGAAGAAGCGGUUCCUCUCGGACAUCUUCACCACCAUCGUGGACCUCAAGUACCGCUGGUUCCUCUUCGUCUUCAUGAUGUGCUACAUCGUCACCUGGGUGGUCUUCGGCACCGUCUACUUCUUCGACGCCUGGGUGCGGGGCGACGUCGGGCACCGGGGCGAUCCCGAGUGGCAGGCCUGCAUCGAGAACGUGGACGACUUCAUCUCCGCCUUGCUCUUCUCGGUGGAAAGCCAGCGGACCAUCGGCUACGGCUCCCGGAUGGUGACGGCCAACUGCGCCGAGGGCGUCAUCCUGCUGAUGGCCCAGUCCAUCGUCGGCUCCAUGAUCGACGCCCUGAUGGUGGGCUGCAUGUUCGUCAAGAUCUCCCGGCCCAAGAAGCGGGCCCAGACCCUCAUCUUCAGCAAGAACUGCGUCAUCUCCCGCCGGGACGAGAAGCUCUGCCUGAUGUUUCGCGUGGGGGACCUGCGGGACAGCCACAUGGUGGACGCCAAGAUCCGCGCCAAGCUGAUCAAGUCGCGGCAGACGGCCGAGGGGGAGUUCAUCCCCCUGGAGCAGUCGGAGCUGAACCUGGGCUACGACACGGGGCAGGACCGGCUCUUCCUGGUGGAGCCCCAGAUCAUCUGCCACGUCAUCAACCGCCGCAGCCCCUUCUGGGACAUGUCGGCCGAGGCGCUGCGCCGGGACCAGUUCGAAAUCAUCGUCAUCCUCGAGGGCAUCGUGGAAGCCACAGGGAUGACGUGCCAAGCCCGCACCUCGUACACGGAGGACGAGAUCCUGUGGGGGUACCGCUUCGAGCUCUGCAUGUCCCUGGAGAAAGGCGCCUUCCGGGUGGACUACAGCCGCUUCGAGAUGACCUUCGAGGUGCAGACGCCGGCGGCCAGCGCCAAGGAGCUGCACGAGCGGAAGGAGCCGGAGCGGCGCGAGCACGCCGUGCUCAGCCUCUACUGGGACCAGCUCCCGCCGCCCAGCGCCGCGCCGGGCACCGGCCCCGGCGAGGACGAGCCGCCGGAGCGGGGGGCUGCCCCGUGAGCCGCUGCCGGGGGGGGCUGUGGGACGGGACGGCCGGCCCUGUCCUCCGCCAGCCGAGGGUCCCGCGCCAACAGUGCCAUAGCCCACCGGCCCCCGCCCCACCGCGGGGUGAGAUUUUUUCAAAUUUGUGCUUUCGGGAUGAGGAACACAAGGGCCGGACUGCUGGUCGUUAAAGUCUCUUAAUAAAAUCAAAACAAAACAAAACACACAAA